AUGCUGAAAGGACUGUUCCCUCGCAACGCAAUCAACCGUAUACGUACACCCGUACUCCGAUACAGAUAUCGAUCCUUCCAUGCCCUCACGAGCAAAAUACAACAGAAAUCAAUGUCAUUGAAGACCACACAACCAUUGAAGGAACCACCACCUCAACCGGAUCUAAUAAACAAACUGCACGAACAAUUGAUCUCGGAGAUCAACACCAACUUGCAUCAUCCGACCCAUGCGCAAAAUCAAGCGGAUUCCAUGGAAAUUUUCCAGGAUUUGUCCAUGGUGAAAUGGUGCGAUGAUGAUGAUGAUGCCCGGCUGAAUGAGGUGAGGAAACAGUUGAUUGUCCAGGUGUUGUUGGACUUGCUUAAUGAUGAGUUUUAUUCCAUUUAUAACGACAAGUUUUUAAGGUCUUUGGAACUGGAUAAGCAGUCACAUUUGUUUAAUUCGUUGAGUAGUGAGAUUAAAUACAUUAUUCAGAAUUCUAGAGACGCACAAUUGAAUGAUCAUCAUUUGAAAUUGAUGAAGUUGAUUAGGGAUUUGGAUACCAUUCAGGAUGAAAUUCAAGAUUUGAUUAUUAAUGAUCUGAAUCAAGAUUGUCAAUUGGAGUUUAAUAAUCAGAAGCUGGAAAAUACAUUGUUGUAUAAGAAUAUUAAUUUGAAUUUGAAUGGAUCUAGUAAUAAGAUUGCCAUUAAGAUUUUAGCUGAAUUGAAAUCACAUAUUGAAGAGUUUAGAUGGCAAACUACAAGAAACGGGUUGUUAGCAUUGUUAGUAUUGGUGUUUUUAAUAUUGACCGGGGUCAAUAUGUCCAAAAAAUAUACUACUACCAAUGAAAAUGCGGAGAAAGAAAUAGACUUAACGAAUGAUAAAUAUUUAUUAGAGCAUACAAAUGAGAAUGAUGAUGAAAAUGGAAGCCACACUUCAUAA